AUGGCCGAGGAAAAGUGUCCAUUCAUCCGGACCAUGAACACCGGAGGUGGCGGCACCAAGAACCGCGACUGGUGGCCCGAUUCGCUGAAGCUCAACAUCCUUCGCCAGCAUACUCCCGUCACCAACCCGCUGGGUGCGGAUUUUGACUAUGUCUCCGCCUUCAAGACCCUUGAUUACGAUGGCGUUAAGAAGGAUCUGACGGCCCUGAUGACCGACUCUCAGGACUGGUGGCCGGCAGAUUUUGGCCACUAUGGAGGUCUUUUCAUCCGUAUGGCAUGGCACAGCGCCGGUACCUACCGUGUUCACGAUGGACGUGGCGGCGGUGGUGAGGGCCAGCAACGUUUCGCCCCUCUCAACAGUUGGCCCGACAAUGUCAGUCUCGACAAGGCCCGCCGCCUGUUGUGGCCCAUCAAGCAAAAGUAUGGUAACAAGAUCUCCUGGGCUGAUCUCAUGAUCCUCGCCGGUAACGUUGCUCUCGAGUCAAUGGGCUUCCAAACUGCCGGUUUCUCUGGUGGUCGCCCCGACACCUGGGAGGCUGACGAGUCUGUAUACUGGGGAGGCGAGACCACGUGGCUCGGCAAUGAAGUCCGCUACUCCCAUGGCCACGCAGGCAAGUCAGACCAGGGCGUCCUCGAUGGCUCCCAGGAUAGCAAGAGCAAGUCCGAUAUUCACACCCGCGACCUUGAGUCGCCACUCGGUGCUGCCCACAUGGGUCUCAUCUACGUGAACCCUGAGGGUCCCGAUGGUAACCCCGACCCGGUCGCCGCCGCCAGAGAUAUUCGUGUGACCUUUGGUCGCAUGGCUAUGAACGACGAGGAGACGGUUGCUCUCAUUGCCGGUGGUCACACCUUCGGCAAGACGCACGGGGCCGCCCCCGACAGCAACGUCGGUGCCGAGCCCGAGGCUGCAGGUCUCGAGGCGCAGGGUUUGGGCUGGGCAAACAAGCACGGUUCCGGCAAGGGCGCCGACGCCAUUACGAGUGGUCUGGAGGUUACUUGGACUGCUACUCCCACCAAGUGGAGCAACAAGUACUUCGAGUACCUAUUCAAGUUUGACUGGGAGCUCACCAAGAGUCCUGCUGGUGCGAACCAGUGGGUAGCCAAGAACGCUGAGCCUAUUAUUCCCCAUGCCUUCGACUCCAGCAAGAAGCAGCUUCCCACCAUGCUGACAACCGACUUGUCGUUGCGCUUUGACCCCGAGUACGAGAAGAUUUCGAGACGCUUCCUCGAGAACCCGGACCAGUUCGCCGAUGCCUUCGCCAAGGCUUGGUUCAAGCUCACCCACCGUGAUAUGGGCCCGCGCUCGCGCUAUGUCGGUCAGGAGGUUCCUUCCGAGGACUUCAUCUGGCAGGAUCCCAUUCCCGCGCCUACUUCACCACUUGUUGGCGAGCAGGAUGUCGCUGCCCUGAAGAAGGAGGUUCUCGCCACUGGCAUUGAUACCUCCAAGCUCAUCUCCACUGCCUGGGCUUCUGCAUCCACCUUCCGUGGAAGUGACAAGCGUGGCGGUGCCAACGGUGCCCGCAUCCGCCUGGCACCUCAGAAGGACUGGGAAGUCAACAACCCUAAGCAGCUCGCAGAGGUCCUCAAGGCCCUCGAGGGUGUGCAGCAGAAGUUCAACGGCUCUGGCAAGAAGAUUUCGCUGGCAGACCUCAUCGUCCUUGCUGGCGCUGCUGGUGUCGAGCAGGCCGCCAAGAACGCCGGCUACGAUAUCACCGUGCCCUUUACCCCUGGUCGCGGCGACUCCACCCAGGAGCAGACCGAUGUUGAGUCGGUCGACUACCUGAAGCCUUACGCUGAUGGUUUCCGCAACUACGGCAAGUCAACAGAUCGUGCAAAGACCGAGCACUAUCUCGUCGACAAGGCUCACCUGCUUACGCUCACUGCGCCCGAGCUCACUAUUCUCAUCGGUGGCCUGCGUGUGCUGAACACCAACUUCGACGGCUCGUCAACUGGUGUUUUCACCAACCGCCCCGGUGCUUUGACGAACGACUUCUUCGUCAACUUGCUCGACAUGGGCAACGAGUGGAAGGCCACCAACAACCAGGACGUCUACGAGGGCUUCGACCGCAAGUCAGGCUCCAAGAAGUAUACCGCCAGCCGUGUUGACCUUGUCUUCGGUUCCCACGCUGAGCUCCGAGCUGUCGCAGAGGUUUAUGCCCAGGCCGAUGCUGGACAGAAAUUUGUCAAGGACUUUGUUACUACUUGGGAUAAGGUCAUGAACUUGGACCGCUUUGACCUUAAGAAGGCCUCCGGCAGCCUCCCGAGCCGCCUUUAG